AAUAUCGUAUUUCUUUCGCCGUACUAAUUGGUAAAAUAACACAAACGUCGUCAAUUCCUACUUAUCCCUGCUCUCAGACUGACAGUGAUAACAUUGAAUAUCGAAAACAUAUUAAUUUAAUAGUUCUGACUAGAAACCCACAUCACGUGACAUCCAGGUCAGUUAUUUUUGUAUCAAAGAAAAAGAUACCAUAGCAUGCCGAGACACGCACUGAAGUAUGAUAUGACAGAAAAAUAAUGACACUGGGUCAUUUUUACUGCGUCAGUCUUCCUGUUUGCUUCGAUGCUGUUCUAUUUACUAAAAUAUGGCAGAUAAAGUCAGUCAUUCCUGCUUGGUGUCCAAGAUUGCCAUCACUCUAUCGGUCGUCAGUUUGUUGUUGUGCUGUGGUGUGUUUUUAAGAACAGAGUUGAUGCUAAACGAGCUGUAUUCAAAAGACAUCAAGCUUCCAGACAAGACUUCAAAACACGACAUGAACGAUGGCCAUCAGUUCGAUCAUCAUUCAGAGCGAACAUUUGAGAAACAAGAAGCAAAGCAAACGAAAGAAGUUUUCACAAGAAAAGUAAGAGAUGUUACAACUGUAGUCAACAGAACCAUUAAAGAUAAUUUAUUACCAAAGAAAAUCCAUCAAGUUCUUGGAAAAGCAGCAGCCAGUCUACAAUCUGGCAAAUACUGGAUUCCCGUUCCAGGACCUCCCGGUCAACAAGGAAAACCUGGUCCAAGGGGACCGAUAGGACGCAUGGGUAAAACUGGGCGUGGAGGAAAACGAGGCCCACGUGGUUUUCCUGGGAAGAUCGGGAUUCCAGGUCCCAGAGGAAUGCCUGGACCAAAGGGACCAAAGGGAGAUCGUUGUCGUUGCACACAAAAAACAGCGAAACUGCAAGUGAACCUCCCUCCACAACUGACUUUGAACAAUAGACCAAUCUACAAAAGGAUUGGUGAUAGCAUUCGUUUACCCACGUGUCACGUGACUGGAUACCCAAAACCAAACAUCACGUGGUCCAAAGCUAUUGGAUCUUUGUCAAUAAAUGAUUAUCUCGUCAAAGAUGGACGGCUAACUAUACUAAAAGCAAAGAAAGAUGAUUCAGGUAUAUAUGUUUGCAAAGCUGAAAAUCUUCUUGGUUCUGUUGAAGGAUCUAUUAUGGUUAUUGUUGUCGAUCUGCCUGUGUUUGUUGUCAAGCCACCAUCUUCCUAUACAACACAUAGAGGGGCAACCGUAGUGUUUAAUUGCGACGCGAAAGGUGACCCUCAGCCUGUCAUCGGUUGGAGAAAAGACAACGAUGUCCUUCCUGUUGUCAGAUAUGAAGUGAGAGAUGGCUCUUUGAUUUUAAGGAACAUUGAGAAAAGUGAUUCGGGUGUGUUUGUGUGCACUGCUACGAGUGCUGGAAUGUUUGAUACAAAAACUAGAUUGAAGUUGGCUGUAGAUGAAUAUGCCAAAGAUUGCAAAGCGCUUUAUUACGGCGGCGAAAGACAUAACGGCGUGUACACAGUUCAACCCGAUAACCAGCCUGCAUUUCAAGUCUACUGUGACAUGACAACUGACGGUGGGGGUUGGACUGUGUUCCAAAGAAGACAAGAUGGAUCGGUCGAUUUCUAUCGCAAUUGGCAGCAAUACAAAACUGGUUUUGGAAACCUGAAUGCCGAGUUUUGGUUGGGUAACGAUUACAUCCAUCGACUUUCAACAAGAACAGCGUCGAGUCUGCGCGUUGAGGUAGAGGACUGGGACGGAACUAGAAAGUAUGCCAAAUAUGGUAGUUUUAGUGUUGGUGAUGAAUCAGACAAGUACAGGCUGAGAGUUGGCUCGUAUUCAGGUACUGCUGGAGACUCGUUAGCAUAUCAUAACAACAUGGCGUUUAGUACAAAAGAUAGAGAUAACGACAAGAGAAGUGGUGUUAACUGUGCUACAUCAUGGACCGGUGCCUGGUGGUAUAAUGAUUGUCAUUAUUCUAAUCUGAAUGGAAAGUACCUUCGAAACAAGAUGUCGACUAAUGGAAUUAAUUGGUACCAUUCAUAUAAGAAUCGGCAAAGUUUUAAGAAAUCUGAAAUGAAAAUGCGUCCUAGUGGAUUCUAAUGCAUGAGUGAGCAC